AUGAUUGACAACGAAUCUCUCUCUGUCAUCCCCGCGCAACUUGGGUUCCUCACCAUCUACAACCCCUCCUUGGGAACAACAGACGAAACUCUCCAGGACCAGAUUGUAUUCUACUAUUCCUCGUCGCAGCAGAUAAGCCGAUCAUCGAACGGUGCAAAUGCUUCGUCAACCGGUCCUGCUUCGGAGCAACACAGUAACAAAGAGGACACAAAUGAGCGAUUGCGCAAAAUCGGCCUGGCGCAGGGCAUGGUAAAUUUUGCAAAAAAUUUCUCCAAUGGUCAGGCUGUUGAUAGCGUCGAGACUGAAAAGUCGCGGAUUGUUCUCGAUGAACUCGAAAGUGACUGGUGGAUAUUAGCUUCAAUAGACCUCACUCGAAUAUCAUCUCCCAAUACCGCCAAUGCGUCGUCGGAAACCUCUCCAUCAAUCGAAUACUCUUCACGAGAAAUAUACCCUCCUCAAUCCCUAAUCCAACAACUUCGACGAGCGCAUUCUAUAUUCCUGCUACACCAUGGCGAUUCAUUAAGCACUAUAUACCAACGCGUCGGAAGAGACUCUUUUUGCAAACUGCUCAGUCGUUUCUGGAACAGAUUUGUCCGUCAUUGGCUCGUACUUCUCAACGGCAACCCAGGCGUGGAUCUGUUCAAUGGCGUGAAACUAGCUGUGGGCGGCGAACUUGGAAUUGGCGUGGGCGAAGAGGAAUGGGGCAGUGGUGAAAGAGAAGUCUUGGAGGAUUAUGUUUCGCGGACAAAUGGCCUUGUUGAUCUUGUCGUCUCCCGGUUUGGAGAUGCGCCGUCGCAACCACCCCCAUCGCCGGCGAAGGGAACUCCUGGUAAAGAGCAGGCCGAACCUGGAAUAUGGCUGGGGUCAGAUCAGGCUCCGCGCCCAUCGGAUGGCGUUAUUUUCUCGGGUGUUGGUGCUAUUUCGCGGCGGUCACUGGCGAGUAUAUCUCACUGGAUGGAAUGGAUCUACAGAUAUGGCGAAGCUGCAUAUGGCGUUGAUGAAAACCCUAGCUCUGGCCGUUCACGCCGGCAAAGGAGAGCUAGACAAAAGGCGGUUUCUGCUUCACCAUCUCGACCUUCCGGUUUAAAGAAGAUCGAUCCGAAACCAGAGCCACAGAGCGGUAGGACAUCACCGGGUAUCCCGCCGCCGUUGGUUGUGGGCACACCUCCGACUGUCCAGAGCUCGUCAACUAGCGACCAAACGACCGAAGAGAGUGGAAUCAGUGCUGAGACAGUUAUGAAAUACCUUACAUUAGGAUAUGGUUCAGCAUGGAAAAUUCCAGGCAUCUCAGUCAAUGCCUCUGAUGAAGCCACCGUGCCUGCGAACGGCACCGAGAAUGGAGUUCAAGAUGUCACACCUAAAAAAAAUGAUGGAGAUGCCGCUCAAGGGAAAUUCAUCAUUGGUCUUAUAGACGAUCUCGAGGAGGAAUUCUCUGAUGAAGAUAAUCCUGACGAAAGUGUCUUUUUCCUUCCGCAAAAUCAGGAAGAUAAGAACAGACGUACCCUGUUGCGAACAUUACAGGUAGAGGUUACGGAAUCAGCGUCAUAUAAUAAUGGGGAAGAUACAUUUACAGACCAAGUACAUAAAAAACUCCAGGUUCUAGUCUACGUGCGCCAACCUUUCAUGUUCACAUUCCUCUUCGACCUGCGCACACCCUCUCUCACCCUCCCCUCCUUCUACCGCAGCAUCCACCACCAACUCGGCCCCUUACAACGACCACUCCUAUCAUCCACAUCCCCUCUAAACGUCGCCCGGCGAAUCUACCUCUCAGACAGCGACGCCGGCGAAAAGAAGCGCUCAUCAUCAGUAAUCAACAAUCCCAUCUACGAUCUUGUCUACGACCCGGGGAAUCUGACGGUUAGAUCGUCAAUUCCUAAUAUCCCGGAACCUGGCUCUCAUGGCCAUACUCACAGCUAUGAACGACAAACGCAGUGGUCCCGUCUGGAAGCGCUGCAUGUUCACUCCCAAUUCCUCAACACGUAUAUCGAAACUCGUACUCGACCCCUGGAAAUGGAGCGGACGUGCAAGACUAGUCGGGGGUGGUGGUUGAUAUGGGUUCGGAUCCGUGACGACGAGCAACCCCAACCACCGCAACCAUCAUCACAACAACAUGAAAAUCCACCAACAAUAUCGGCAUCAAAAGAAGCCUUCCUGAUCCGCAAAGCAUCGGACGCCCUCGCCUCAUCCACCGGCGGUAGCGGCGUCUUAGGCGGAGCCCGGCACGCCCGGGAAGGAAGUAGCGGAAUCCGAUUUCUUCGCGAUCUCAGCGGCGCAUCAAGCACCACUGCUGCAGGUGCUGCCGGAAAUACAAAUGAUAGCACUUCAGCGCCGGGCAGACUUACAGAAGGAUUGGGGUUUGAUGCCCAUAAAUAUAUCGAGAGUUUAUUGAGUUUGAAUCGAUAA